UCCCUGUUGCUGGGCGAUCUGGCUACUGAAGCCACAACAGCGGCGGUGGGGACGGAGCCUGCGUGUCCCGGGCUCUCCAGCAGCUCCCAGCGCUGCCCGCAUGAAGGGAGCCGGCCCCGCAGCCCUGCCCCGGGCACAGCCGCACCAUGUUCGCCACAGUGAGGUUCGGAGCCAACCGCCAAGAGUUUGUGAACCUGCUGUGCCGUGUCCAUACCCUCACAGGUCACCUGAAGAAGAAGUGUCAGUGCAGGCCUGAAGACUGCAUCGAUCUGGUGGAUGAAAAGGGCACCCUGAUGAACCUGAGCAAAGUGGAAAAUCCUGCAUCUGAAUACGCCAGUAAAUACCUACAGGGAAGGCAGCGCUACAUCCUCAUCAGAGUCGUCCGAGAAGAAAACUCUGAAGCCACCUGCUAUGAAUCCUUGCUAGAGGACCUGGGAAAACAUUACCCUGACCUACCAGGGCUUGGUCACUCCACAGAUCAGCUGCAGCGGCUCUCUGGAAAGAUCCAGAAGACAGACCAGAGGAAAAACCAGAGGAGGUCUUUGCACAGGACGCAGUCUCACACCAGCAUCCGAGCCAGGAACAGGAGCACCUCACACAGCAGGAGGAACUUGGAACUCAAGAACACCCCUAAAUGAGCAACAGGCCCAUUACCAGUCACACAGGCAGCACAGCCUCCACCAGGGCCAAACACCUCCCCAUGUACUUAUUCCCAGCACAGCAAGAGCCCCCUGCUACUGAGCCCCUCUUCCUGCAACCCCCUGCCCCUCCCAGCCCCAAGCUGCACCCCGACAAGCCAGGCAGACCCAGCACACAGCCAGGCACAAGCACCAUCCUCCUGCUCCAGGGGGUCUCGUGUUCCCACGGCACUCCCCAGGGACAAGAACUGCACUCCCAUCACUGGAUGGGUCUGUUCCCACUGCACCACUCUGGAGUGCCCUGCAGGGACUGCCCACUGCCAUCAGCAGGAGCUGCUCCAGAGACGGGCACUCCCCACACCUGCAGAAGCAGCACUUUGCCAAGAGGGGUCAAAGGCAGGACACACCUGCUGCAGGUGCUGCUGGUUCUCCUUAACAGCUUCUCCACCAGAGCAACACACCAAGUCUAGUAUACUUAUUUCUUAAAGGGAGCUGAACAGCUGCAGAGAGGCUCCUCCCUGCUCACACAGCACAGCUCAGCACAUGGAGCACUUGGACUUUAAAUCUCUCACAUGUGCUUUUUCACUUGGCUGCCUCAGGAGAACACAAGACACCCCUGACAGGGCCAGGCACAGCUCAGGACAUCUCUACCAAGAACUUAAGACUGACAUUUAUAAGCGACAGGACUUUUCACACCAGCCUCCAGUAUCUGCUAACAGCAUCUGCUGCCAGCAUUUACCAUCUAGACUUGCAUUUCCUCACAGAUCCCAGCAAGUGCUGAGAACUUGUCCCUUAUUCAACAGUCAGAUCAAAAGGUUAAAAGACUCAUUCUGCCAGGAAAAUUGCAUCAGUUAAGCACCUGCAAGUGUCCUGGUUUCACUGCUAUGCCACUAGAACUCCAUCUGAAACCUCAGAAUUCCCUCUUACGCCAGCAGGAGGAACAGGGUGUCCUGCUGGAGGCCAACAAUCACGAGGCUGUGCUGCCAAGGUGACUGCAAGAGGAAAGCAGCCCCAAACUGCACCUGAUGCCAAUGACCUUGAGAGCAUUGCAUAACCUGCUAAAGCUUUAGAGUCAGAUCAGCCAACUGGAUCCCACAGCCAGACAGGUCACACUCUCUUAGCUAUGAGGUCAGGACAGGUAUUCAGGAAGAGGCUAUCUAUAGAAAAGUAAUUUGUGACUGAAAAUACCGUGGACACAUGUUGCCUUACCUGUCUGCAGCCUCUCCUCUGGCUGGAGGGCAGCCAGUGUCUGGAUCUCCUCCUGCCAAGUCAUGCAGGCACAGUCCUUGCUGGGCUGUACCCCCUGUUUGCAGGAAAUACACACUUGUGCCUUGUCCUUUGGCUGGUAAUGUUUUGGCAGCUUAAUUUUAGCUUGAGAACUGAAUAAAGAACAUGCACUACUGA